UAAAUAAAGGCAAACGCUUGGUCUAGAUAUACUAUGUCUAUGGAUGUGACGUUUGAUAAUUUCUACAUUUACACUCAGGUUCGAAUAAUGAAUACACGUGAGUCUGUUGCCAGUUGAUGCUCUGAUUAAGCGUAAUCGAACGGAUUAAACAGUUGUGAAAUAUUGGCCAUUAAAAUACGUGGACGAUAUUGAAAAAGAAAGUCAUGUCCUGAGUGCUCUAAUGGCGACGGAGGAGCAUAAACGUUUAGCUGAUAUAGUGAAGAAAACUCACGCUCUGUUGCGCACCGAGUGUCAUCAAUAUGGCGCCGAAAUCGCGUGGGAGCGCCAUAUGGCGCGAAAUGACGUUUUGCAGAAUUACGCUAUGUCUAUGCGGAAAUUGGCCACUACGUAUUGGGCGGACAAUAACUCGAAGAAUGGAACGUAUUGCAGGAUGGAAUGGAUAAAAAUCCAGUGCAAGGAGUACUUUCUCAACAGUGGCAAAGAGAAGUAUGAUAAGAGAGAAUGGGACAUAAAUGCAAAAAUGACUCUAAAAAAAUUGAACGAUACGUACGAGAAUCGUACGUCCGAAGGCAAAGACAUCCGUAUAGAAGAUCAAUUAGUAAAGUCUUACGAGCGGAGAAUAUCGAUAUUGGACGUAGGAAGUUGUUACAACCCUCUGAGUGUCGAGGAUGCAUUCGACGUCACUGCGAUAGAUCUAACUCCCGCGAUAGAAGGAGUUUUUCGCUGCGAUUUUUUAAACGUCGCGAUCGGAAGGGAGAAAAUUCUCUCGCGGGAUGCGCGUGAGAUUCAUCAGCUAUCCGUGAACUCGUUUCACGCCGUGGUAUUCUCCCUGUUACUGGAAUAUCUGCCAUGUCCGAAGCAAAGAUAUAUUUGCUGCAGGAAUGCGUACGACGUGUUGAAAAUUGGCGGCCUGCUGAUCAUCGUGAGUCCGGAUUCGAAGCAUGUCGGCGCGAACGCAAGGCUGAUGAAGUCUUGGAGAUACACGCUGAGCAGAUUAGGAUUCAUGAGGAUCAAGUACGAGAAGCUACGUCACAUUCAUUGUCUGGCGUUCAGAAAAUGCGCGUGCAAGAACGUGGCCACGCGAUGGUGCGAGUUGCAACGUUUUUCCGAGGACGAUAAGAGAUAUAUAUCGGAGACAGAGAUUUUUAUCCCGCAGGACUUUCAGACCGUUUGUCCCGAAGGAAAACAAGGAAAAUUAGAUGAAUACGAUAAAAGCGAUUUAGCGAGCAUCUUUUCUGAGUUACCGUUUGAUAAUGAAACGUCAGUUUAACCCUCUGGGUCCAUUGUCCAAGAAUUAAAAAGCGUCAUCACAAACUUGUGAUUACCUUGACAUUAAAUAAAAUAUAUUUGUAAGAUAUAUUUUACAAAAAAAAUAUAUUACAAAAAUGAUUAUUAUAUAUUAUUAUGUUUGUAGGAAUUGUAAGAUAUAAAGAAUAAAUUGUAUCUUUUUAAAAUUUGCGUUGUUAGAGACAUAAGUUCUGCAUCACGAGCGCCAGGUGGCGUUAGA